UUAUUCCGUUACAAAGUAAUCUCAACAAGCAGCCUUCCGUUUCCGGCGGGCUCGUUGCCGUGGUAACCAGCACGCACCACCGCGGCGGCGGUUAUGGCCGGGCUCAGCGGCGCGCACAUCCCCGAUGGGGAGUUCACCGCGGUCGUGUACCGCCUCAUCCGCGACUCCCGCUACGCCGAGGCCGUGCAGCUGCUGGGCGGCGAGCUCCAGCGGAGCCCGAGGAGCCGCGCCGGCCUGUCGCUGCUGGGCUACUGCUACUACCGCCUGCAGGAGUUCGCGCUGGCCGCCGAGUGCUAUGAGCAGCUGGGCCAGCUGCACCCCGAGCUGGAGCAGUACCGCCUGUACCAGGCCCAGGCCCUGUACAAGGCGUGCCUCUACCCAGAGGCCACGCGGGUGGCCUUCCUCCUGCUGGACAACCCCGCCUACCACGGCCGGGUCCUCCGCCUGCAGGCCGCCAUCAAGUACAGUGAGGGCGACCUGCCCGGGGCCGAGAGCCUGGUGGAGCAGCUGCUGAGUGGGGAAGGGGGCGACGACAGUGGGGGCGAGAACGAACUGGACGGCCAGGUCAACCUGGGUUGUUUGCUCUACAAGGAGGGACAGUACGAAGCCGCGUGCGCCAAGUUCCUCGCGGCCCUGCAGGCUUCGGGCUACCGGCCUGACCUCUCCUACAACCUGGCUUUGGCCUAUUACAGCAGCCGGCACUACGCCUCGGCUCUAAAGCAUAUCGCCGACAUUAUUGAACACGGUAUCCGCCAGCACCCAGAGUUAGGCGUGGGCAUGACCACGGAGGGCAUCGAUGUGCGAAGUGUUGGCAACACCUUAGUCCUUCACCAGACUGCCCUGGUGGAAGCCUUCAACCUCAAGGCCGCCAUCGAGUACCAACUGCGAAACUACGAGGUGGCCCAGGAAACCCUCACGGACAUGCCACCUAGGGCAGAAGAAGAGUUAGACCCCGUGACCCUGCACAACCAGGCGCUCAUGAACAUGGAUGCCAGGCCUACCGAGGGGUUUGAAAAGCUGCAGUUUUUGCUCCAGCAGAACCCCUUCCCUCCGGAGACCUUUGGCAACCUGCUGCUGCUCUACUGUAAGUACGAGUAUUUUGACCUGGCAGCCGAUGUCCUGGCGGAGAAUGCCCAUUUGACCUACAGGCUGCUCACACCCUAUCUCUAUGACUUCCUGGACGCCAUGAUCACUUGCCAGACAGCCCCAGAAGAGGCUUUCAUUAAGCUGGACGGGCUGGCAGGGAUGCUGACUGAACAGCUCCGGAGACUCACCAAACAAGUACAGGAAGCAAGACACAAUAGAGAUGAUGAAGCUGUCAAAAAGGCAGUGAAUGAGUACGAUGACACUCUGGAGAAGUACAUUCCGGUGUUGAUGGCCCAGGCAAAGAUCUACUGGAACCUUGAGAAUUAUGCAAUGGUGGAAAAGAUCUUCCGCAAGUCUGUGGAAUUCUGUAACGACCAUGAUGUGUGGAAGCUGAACGUGGCUCAUGUCCUGUUCAUGCAGGAAAACAAAUACAAAGAAGCUAUCGGUUUCUAUGAACCCAUCGUCAAGAAGCACUAUGACAACAUCCUGAAUGUCAGUGCUAUUGUGCUGGCUAACCUGUGUGUUUCAUACAUUAUGACAAGUCAGAAUGAAGAAGCCGAGGAGUUGAUGAGGAAGAUCGAGAAGGAGGAAGAGCAGCUGUCCUAUGAUGACCCAGAUAAGAAAAUCUACCACCUCUGCAUUGUGAAUUUGGUGAUAGGGACGCUCUACUGUGCCAAAGGAAAUUACGACUUUGGUAUUUCUCGGGUUAUCAAAAGCCUGGAACCUUAUCAUAAGAAACUGGGAACUGAUACCUGGUAUUAUGCUAAAAGAUGCUUCCUCUCCUUGUUAGAAAACAUGUCAAAACACAUGAUUGUGCUUCGUGACAGUGUUAUUCAAGAAUGUGUCCAGUUUCUGGAACACUGUGAACUUUAUGGCAGGAACAUACCCGCCGUUAUUGAACAACCCCUGGAAGAAGAAAGAAUGCAUAGUGGAAAGAAUACAGUCACAUAUGAAUCCAGACAGUUAAAAGCUUUGAUUUAUGAGAUUAUAGGAUGGAAUAUGUAGUAAUGUCUGAUAAUGUCAUUUAUCAAAAUGGCUCUUUUACUUACAUUUGGUCCUCUAUUUUGUUUGUAUUCAUACUUUGACAUCUUUACAUUUGUUACAUAUUGAGCCUUGUACAGUUUAUAAUUGAAAUAGUUUAGAUGUAACUCUUGAGAAACCUCACAAAAAGAUACAUAAUAAAAGAACUUGUACCCUAGAAGGAUUUAUGAAAAAGUUCAAAAGUGAAAGAGGAAGUUGUGUCAAUAUUCUUAAUGCCCAUGUUCUCAUUUGUAUUUCAUUCUUUGCUUUAUCCUGAGGAAACCCUCCAUCAUAAGAUUACAUCUUGCAGAGAGCAGGCACUAUCAACUAUAUGGGAAAUCUGGACAUUAAUAAUUAUUGAUUGCAAAAAGUUCAUGUUCUACAACAAUUUACCCUUAUAGUUACAUUAAUUUGUAAUGCAGACAUUUUGGAAAGAUUAUAGCGUUUGUGCUGAGUGUUGCAGUAUGGUUGUAAUGCUUGAGCAAAAACUCCUUGUGUUCUAGAUAUUGUUGCUGUAUUUAAUUUGCAAGAUUCAUGGGAAAUCUUGUGCCAUAACAAAAUUAGGAUGCUAUGGUGUGGAUACAAUAAACUAUUGACAAAUUUU